CAUCGGGUUAUGUACUCUAGUCUUGGUGUGAUCUGCUUCAAACAAACAAAAAUCAAACAAAAAGUGAAGUGUCCAUGGAUCCUAGCGCCUCCGGGACCCUGCGUCCCCGGACCGACCGCUAUUACCAUCAUUACUAGUGAUUGCAUUAUUAUAAUAGCCGCUAGCUAGCUCAGCCGCAAUAAUCAUUACAUUGUACAAUUAUUAGAACCAGGGAGUCGUAUAGUACUAUACGACUCCCUGAUUAGAACUGAGUUUCGUUGUUUCCUCACGGAUGCAGUGGCAGUGGAUCCCCUGAGUAAGCACAUCACUAAGUUUUUCUUAUCAUCACGACAUUAGAAUGUCUGUCAUCAGCCUCCAGAUAGGACAGUGCGGCAAUCAACUGGGCGCCAGCCUGCUCAAUCAGCUAUUCCUGGAGUGCAGAGGAACAGAGCGAAUGGGAUGUUUCUUUGAGCCAGCAGCAGGAGCUACAGCAGAGAAGCCACACAGUCAUGCCUCCUCUGCCUCAGGUCUACAGCUUGAGCCAUCACCAGGAGAAGGUCUUGCAAAGCAUCAGCCAGGGUGGUAUGCUCGAUGCUGCAUGAUAGAUACUGAGCCAAAGGCUAUUGAGAAAGCCAGGGAGUUGGCGGUGAAGACGCCACGAGCGUUGCCGGGAUGGCGAUACAACCCCGCUUACCAGGUGGUCGGGCAGCGGGGCGCAGGCAACAACUGGGCAAUUGGCUUCCACGAGCACGCGCAUAACAUGUCGGAGAAGAUCCAGAUGUGCGUGCGGCGCGCGUGCGAUGCGUGCGACCGCCUCGCCGGCUUUCUGGUGUUGAUGAGUCUGGCCGGCGGCACUGGAUCCGGUGUGGGAACGUACACGUGCGCUCUGCUACGUGACCUGUACCCGAGCGUGUUCAUUCUGUGCGUGUCAGUUAGCCCGUACAGUACAGGCGAGGUCAUAGUACAGAAUUACAACGCCGUGCUGGCGCUAAGUCGACUGCACGCUAGCAGUGACGGCGUGCUGAUGCUCGCUAACGACGGCGUGCACAAGAUCUGCCGGCAGCGCAUGGCUCUGGACAAGAUAUCCCUGCACAACCUGAAUGAAGUGCUGGCUCAGCAGCUGAGUGCCGUACUAACACCGUGCCGCGUCGAUCAGCCUGUGUUUCGCAUGGCCGAUAUGUGCCAGCAUCUGUGCUCGCACCCGGACUACAAGCUGCUGCGCCUGUACUCACUGCCGCAGCUGGCGUCGGGCCGUCGCGAGUACAGCUCCUACUUGUGGAGCGGCCUGAUGCAUCCGCUCUGUCAGAUGCUCCGGACCAGCUGUGCAUCAGAGGAUGGCAUUGAUUGGUCGCCACACACAGUGGGUAGCAGUGGGGUUAACACACGGACCAGGAGCAGUACCUACACCGCUGUCGCCAGUUUACUGAUAUCUAGGGGUAAGGGAAGCAGCCUCGUUGAUACGUCCGAGUUCCAGACUGACGCGAGCCUGCACUGCACAUGGGCACAGCGCCCGUUUCAGGCGUGGACGUGCGAGCGAGCCAUGAGCUUCUCGGACAAAGUGUGCGCUGUGCUAUCCAACACCAGUGCGUGUGUGCCAGCGCUGAAGACAUUCAGCAGCAUGGCGUGGCGUAUGUACACGUCGCGGGCUUUCCUACAUCAGUACACCAGCCAUGGUAUGGAAGAAUCAGACUUCUUGCAGGCGUUCAGCAAUGUUGAGCAGACCAUCUCCAACUAUGAGAGCCUGCAGGGCAGUACUACUAGUAUACAGGACAUGGGUUUAACAUGAACACGCUGUGUGAUGCAUGUACAGGGUAUAUUGAACAUGAAUAUGCUGUGUGAUGCGUGUGCGGUAUCUGAGGCAUUUUUUGUUGAUUUCACUGGAAAGGAUCAUAUGACUAGGACGGGUGGGAGAAUUGCCAAUACCAAAACACUAGUAUUGUCUGGCAGUGGUGCUAGAUCUAGGCGCGAUUAAUCACGAUUCACGAUCAGUACUCGCACUGUUUUCUGCUAUGUGACAUGCGAAACUCAACAAGCUCGGGCGACACUCGAUUCGCAAUCUUUUUGGUUUCUGCGAGAUUUUCCAAAUGCAGUGCAUAGCUGCAUACCGGUAGUAAAAUGUAUGUGCACUACUUGUAUACCCAGGCUGGUAAACUGUACUUGUGUAUGUUGCGCGUCACGUUAUGGAAUAAGUUGAAUUUCGGUCAACUGGUUACUUCUGCAA